AUGGGCAAGAACUGCACAGACGCGCCGCCGGACGUCUCUGUCACGACGUCGAUGAUCGCCAUCGUCGCCUUGUAUUCGACGGUUUUCGUCGUCGCCUUCGUCGGCAACUUCACCAUGUUCCUCAUUCUUUGUCGGUUCGUUAGAACGCUCUUUUGAAUCAGAAAUAAAUUAAGGAAAUCUCACGAGGGAGGUCAUUUUACUUUAGAAAGACCCUGUAAGUCUCCAGCCGCACAAUUAUUUUUUUGCGGUUGGGAAUUUCCUAAAAUUUUGUCAGAAAAUACCUCCAUCUAUCAAAAGAAAGUCUCGACUUGCACAAUUUACCAGUUUCUGAAAAAGGUCACUUCAAAGUCAAAUAGAAAGCUAAAAUCCCCCUAUAAGAGACUUUUUUUGGGAUCAGAGCCCAUAUUUCUCAUAAAAAGAUCUGUGAGGUCAGAAAGGUGUGUAAUUUUUGAAAUGCUGAAUUCAUUUGCCCUGAUAUUUUUUUGUAAGCCUUGAUCUCAUAGUCUCGACCAUUCCGAUCUUUAAUUUUUAGUAACAGAACCUGCAAGCUUGCAAAAAAAUUUUUUUACGACCAACUCUGUGAUGAAAUUUGAAUAAAAACAAAUUUGAGAAAUCAUAUUUAGAAGAAAAAAACCGGAACAUUCGAAGUUUUGGGUAACAAAUCAAAAAUAAGAAAUCCGAUUCCACGUUUUCAUGACCCUCAAUUUUCCAACUCCUUAUAAAAAAAGAGAUGAGAUCGUAGUAAAAACUAAUCGAGAGUAUUUAAAAAAAGAGAGAAACAGGAAGUAUUGACAAGGAUGUUUUUUUGGAAGUGCAAAUGGGAGACUCAGUUAAUCAAAAAAACAAAAAAAUUACAAGUUAAAAAAAACGAAAACUUGGAAAAAACAUCUUCUGGUACCAUUUUUUGAAAUUCCAGAAAUCAACUGGUAAAGGUGCGACGGGUGCAUUCCUUACUACUCCAUAUGAAUAUUGCUCAUCUCCUGGUGACUUUGCUGGUCAUGCCGAAAGAGAUUCUGCACAACUACACGGUCGCCUGGAAUGCCGGAGACUUGGUUUGUUUUUUCAAAGACCAUUUUCCUCGUGUGGAAACAAUAGCAACUGAUAAUGAUAUUUUCUAUGUUCUGUUCUGAAUGUUCUCUUAAGUCCGAUCACAACUUUGUCAUGUCAACUCAAAAAUAGUUGACCAAUUGUUUUUUUAAAAGCUGUUUCUGAAACAAUACAAAACUAACGUCAAACGCGGUCAGGUGUUUAAGGACAAAAACUUUGAAAAAUCAUAUCUCCAAAACGAAAAGUUUGCGCAGAUAGCGACUAUGGGAGAUCGAUUCCUAGUCCAUCAAAAAUGGUUUGAGCUCAUUCAUAGAGAAUUCCAAACGCAACGCAAAAAUGACCUUCCAUGUAAAAGGUUUGCUUUUGUAUUCUUUACUAAAACUGCUGGCAAGAAUAUUCCCUUGAUCAUUUUGAAGUUGUACUUAGCCAGAAGCGUUUUCAAAGUAUCACAAAAGAAGAUAUGAAAUAUGAGGUGGUAUACGGAACAUUUUUGAACAAACUUAUCAUUUUGAUAUUGCAGUUAUGUCGUCUCUGCAAGUUCUUCGACGUCUUCGGCGUCGGCCUCUCGAUGAACGUCCUCAUCUGCAUUUCUCUCGACCGAUUCUACUCGAUCUUUUUCCCGUUAUAUGCGAUGAGAGCUCGGAAGAGUGUCCAACGGAUGGUGGCCAUCGCCUGGCUCGCUUCCUUCAUCACCAGUGCUCCUCAGGUACCUUUGAACACAUAGCUCGGAUAAUUUAAACGUCACUAUAACCAAUUUAACGUCUUUAGUCUCCCCGAAAAGCCUUAUUUUUCAAGAUCGUAAUUGAGCCCUUAUUGGAAAUCGAAUCUGUGAUAACGUAAGUUUUGAUUCUGCCAGAUGUUUUUCCAAUUUUGAUGGCGUAAAAUCGAAAUCAAUAUGAAAGUCUCAUAGCUCUAAAGAAUCCCUUCGAAUAAAUUCUGACUUGACAAAGAGACAAAUGCUGGCGAGUGCCUGGUUUAGAGUCGGUUGCGCGUUUCAUAGGGCCUUAGCAGGCCGACUGAAGCGUUGGUUUAAUUACCCAAGUUUGAGGUAAACAUUAGAUCUGACCCAGAACAACUUGGUGUCAAGAUAAAUUUUGGAACCGCUCCUCUUCGGAGAGGCAAAAAGAACUAUUCAUUGGAAAUUGAAGCUGUUUUUCUUGUCAGUUUUCGAUAAUUUCUUGAUUGUUUUUUUGUUUUAAUUUCUGAUCACAGCAGUUCGAAAUCUAUGUGAAAGUCUCAUAGCUGUAAAGAAUCCCUUCGAAUAAAUUCUGACUUCACUACGAGACACACGCUGGCGAGUGCCUGGUUUAGAGUCGGUUGCGCGUUUCAUAGGGCCUUGGCAGGCCGACUGAAGCGUUGGUUUAAUUACCCAAGUUUGAGGUAAACAUUAGAUCUGACCCAGAACAACUUGGUGUCAAGAUAAAUUUUUGGAACCGCUUCUCUUCGGAGAGGCAAAAAGAACUAUUCAUUGGAAAUUGAAGCUGUUUUUCUUGUCAGUUUCGAUAAUUUCUUGAUUGUUUUUUUGUUUUAAUUUCUGAUCACAGCAGUUCGAAAUCUAUGUGAAAGUCUCAUAGCUGUAAAGAAUCCCUUCGAAUAAAUUCUGACUUCACUACGAGACACACGCUGGCGAGUGCCUGGUUUAGAGUCGGUUGCGCGUUUCAUAGGGCCUUGGCAGGCCGACUGAAGCGUUGGUUUAAUUACCCAAGUUUGAGGUAAACAUUAGAUCUGACCCAGAACAUCAUGGUGUCAAGAUAAAUUUUGGAACCGCUUCUCUUCGGAGAGGCAAAAAGAACUAUUUAUUGGGAAUGGAAGCUGUGAUUAUGUCAGUUUUGAUAACUUCUUGAAUUUUUUCUAUCUUGAUGGCUUCAAUUCGAAAUCAAUAUGAAAGUCUCAUAGUUCUAAAGAAUCUCUUCGAAUAAAUUCUGACUUCACUACGAGACACUUUUUCGAUGGCUUCAAUUCGAAAUCAAUAUGAAAGUCACAUAGUUCUAAAGAAUCUUUUUCGAAUAAAUUCUGACUUCACUACGAGACACACGCUGGCGAGUGCCUGGUUUAGAGUCGGUUGCGCGUUUCAUAGGGCCUUGGCAGGCCGACUGAAGCGUUGGUUUAAUUACCCAAGUUUGAGGUAAACAUUAGAUCUGACCCAGAACAUCAUGGUGUCAAGAUAAAUUUUGGAACCGCUUCUCUUCGGAGAGGCAAAAAAAGAACUAUUUAUUGGGAAUGGAAGCUGUGAUUAUGUCAGUUUUGAUAACUUCUUGAAUUUUUUCUAUCUGAUGGCUUCAAUUCGAAAUCAAUAUGAAAGUCACAUAGUUCUAAAGAAUCUUUUCGAAUAAAUUCUGACUUCACUACGAGACACACGCUGGCGAGUGCCCUGGUUUAGAGUCGGUUUGCGCGUUUCAUAGGGCCUUAGCAGGCCGACUGAAGCGUUGGUUUAAUUACCCAAGUUUGAGGUAAACAUUAGAUCUGACCCAGAACAACUUGGUGUCAAGAUAAAUUUUGGAACCGCUUCUCUUCGGAGAGGCAAAAAGAACUAUUCAUUGGAAAUUGAAGCUGUUUUUCUUGUCAGUUUCGAUAAUUUCUUGAUUGUUUUUUUGUUUUAAUUUCUGAUCACAGCAGUUCGAAAUCUAUGUGAAAGUCUCAUAGCUGUAAAGAAUCCCUUCGAAUAAAUUCUGACUUCACUACGAGACACACGCUGGCGAGUGCCUGGUUUAGAGUCGGUUGCGCGUUUCAUAGGGCCUUGGCAGGCCGACUGAAGCGUUGGUUUAAUUACCCAAGUUUGAGGUAAACAUUAGAUCUGACCCAGAACAUCAUGGUGUCAAGAUAAACUUUUGGAACCGCUUCUCUUCGGAGAGGCAAAAAAGAACUAUUUAUUGGGAAUGGAAGCUGUGAUUAUGUCAGUUUUGAUAACUUCUUGAAUUUUUUCUAUCUUGAUGGCUUCAAUUCGAAAUCAAUAUGAAAGUCUCAUAGUUCUAAAGAAUCUCUUCGAAUAAAUUCUGACUUCACUACGAGACACUUUUUUUUCGAUGGCUUCAAUUCGAAAUCAAUAUGAAAGUCACAUAGUUCUAAAGAAUCUUUUCGAAUAAAUUCUGACUUCACUACGAGACACACGCUGGCGAGUGCCUGGUUUAGAGUCGGUUGCGCGUUUCAUAGGGCCUUGGCAGGCCGACUGAAGCGUUGUUUUAUUACCCAAGUUUGAGGUAAACAUUAGAUCUGACCCAGAACAUCAUGGUGUCAAGAUAACUUUUGGAACCGCUUCUCUUCGGAGAGGCAAAAAGAACUAUUUAUUGGGAAUGGAAGCUGUGAUUAUGUCAGUUUUGAUAACUUCUUGAAUUUUUUCUAUCUGAUGGCUUCAAUUCGAAAUUAAUAUGAAAGUCUCAUAGUUCUAAAGAAUCUUUUUCGAAUAAAUUCUGACUUCACUACGAGACACACGCUGGCGAGUGCCCGGUAUAGAGUCGGUUGCGCGUUUCAUAGGGGCCUUAGCAGGCCGACUGAAGCGUUGGUUUGAAUUACCCAAGUUUGAGGUAAACAUUAGAUCUGACCCAGAACAACUUGGUUUCAAGAUAAAUUUUGGAACCGCUUCUCUUCGGAGAGGCAAAAAGAACUAUUCAUUGGAAAUUGAAGCUGUUUUUCUUGUCAGUUUCGAUAAUUUCUUGAUUGUUUUUUUGUUUUAAUUUCUGAUCACAGCAGUUCGAAAUCUAUGUGAAAGUCUCAUAGCUGUAAAGAAUCCCUUCGAAUAAAUUCUGACUUCACUACGAGACACACGCUGGCGAGUGCCUGGUUUAGAGUCGGUUGCGCGUUUCAUAGGGCCUUGGCAGGCCGACUGAAGCGUUGGUUUAAUUACCCAAGUUUGAGGUAAACAUUAGAUCUGACCCAGAACAACUUGGUGUCAAGAUAAAUUUUGGAACCGCUUCUCUUCGGAGAGGCAAAAAGAACUAUUCAUUGGAAAUUGAAGCUGUUUUUCUUGUCAGUUUCGAUAAUUUCUUGAUUGUUUUUUUGUUUUAAUUUCUGAUCACAGCAGUUCGAAAUCUAUGUGAAAGUCUCAUAGCUGUAAAGAAUCCCUUCGAAUAAAUUCUGACUUCACUACGAGACACACGCUGGCGAGUGCCUGGUUUAGAGUCGGUUGCGCGUUUCAUAGGGCCUUGGCAGGCCGACUGAAGCGUUGGUUUAAUUACCCAAGUUUGAGGUAAACAUUAGAUCUGACCCAGAACAUCAUGGUGUCAAGAUAAAUUUUUGGAACCGCUUCUCUUCGGAGAGGCAAAAAGAACUAUUUAUUGGGAAUGGAAGCUGUGAUUAUGUCAGUUUUGAUAACUUCUUGAAUUUUUUUUCUAUCUUGAUGGCUUCAAUUCGAAAUCAAUAUGAAAGUCUCAUAGUUCUAAAGAAUCUCUUCGAAUAAAUUCUGACUUCACUACGAGACACUUUUUCGAUGGCUUCAAUUCGAAAUCAAUAUGAAAGUCACAUAGUUCUAAAGAAUCUUUUCGAAUAAAUUCUGACUUCACUACGAGACACACGCUGGCGAGUGCCUGGUUUAGAGUCGGUUGCGCGUUUCAUAGGGCCUUGGCAGGCCGACUGAAGCGUUGGUUUAAUUACCCAAGUUUGAGGUAAACAUUAGAUCUGACCCAGAACAUCAUGGUGUCAAGAUAAAUUUUUGGAACCGCUUCUCUUCGGAGAGGCAAAAAGAACUAUUUAUUGGGAAUGGAAGCUGUGAUUAUGUCAGUUUUGAUAACUUCUUGAAUUUUUUUUCUAUCUUGAUGGCUUCAAUUCGAAAUUAAUAUGAAAGUCUCAUAGUUCUAAAGAAUCUUUUCGAAUAAAUUCUGACUUCACUACGAGACACACGCUGGCGAGUGCCUGGUUUAGAGUCGGUUGCGCGUUUCAUAGGGCCUUGGCAGGCCGACUGAAGCGUUGGUUUAAUUACCCAAGUUUGAGGUAAACAUUAGAUCUGACCCAGAACAACUUGGUGUCAAGAUAAAUUUUGGAACCGCUUCUCUUCGGAGAGGCAAAAAGAACUAUUCAUUGGAAAUUGAAGCUGUUUUCUUGUCAGUUUCGAUAAUUUCUUGAUUGUUUUUGUUUUAAUUUCUGAUCACAGCAGUUCGAAAUCUAUGUGAAAGUCUCAUAGCUGUAAAGAAUCCCUUCGAAUAAAUUCUGACUUCACUACGAGACACACGCUGGCGAGUGCCUGGUUUAGAGUCGGUUGCGCGUUUCAUAGGGCCUUGGCAGGCCGACUGAAGCGUUGGUUUAAUUACCCAAGUUUGAGGUAAACAUUAGAUCUGACCCAGAACAUCAUGGUGUCAAGAUAAAUUUUGGAACCGCUUCUCUUCGGAGAGGCAAAAAGAACUAUUUAUUGGGAAUGGAAGCUGUGAUUAUGUCAGUUUUGAUAACUUCUUGAAUUUUUUCUAUCUUGAUGGCUUCAAUUCGAAAUCAAUAUGAAAGUCUCAUAGUUCUAAAGAAUCUCUUCGAAUAAAUUCUGACUUCACUACGAGACACUUUUUUUUCGAUGGCUUCAAUUCGAAAUCAAUAUGAAAGUCACAUAGUUCUAAAGAAUCUUUUCGAAUAAAUUCUGACUUCACUACGAGACACACGCUGGCGAGUGCCUGGUUUAGAGUCGGUUGCGCGUUUCAUAGGGCCUUGGCAGGCCGACUGAAGCGUUGGUUUAAUUACCCAAGUUUGAGGUAAACAUUAGAUCUGACCCAGAACAUCAUGGUGUCAAGAUAAAUUUUGGAACCGCUUCUCUUCGGAGAGGCAAAAAGAACUAUUUAUUGGGAAUGGAAGCUGUGAUUAUGUCAGUUUUGAUAACUUCUUGAAUUUUUUCUAUCUGAUGGCUUCAAUUCGAAAUUAAUAUGAAAGUCUCAUAGUUCUAAAGAAUCUUUUCGAAUAAAUUCUGACUUCACUACGAGACACACGCUGGCGAGUGCCCGGUAUAGAGUCGGUUGCGCGUUUCAUAGGGCCUUAGCAGGCCGACUGAAGCGUUGGUUUAAUUACCCAAGUUUGAGGUAAACAUUAGAUCUGACCCAGAACAUCAUGGUGUCAAGAUAAAUUUUGGAACCGCUUCUCUUCGGAGAGGCAAAAAAAGAACUAUUUAUUGGGAAUUGAAGCUGUUUUUCUUGUCAGUUUCGAUAAUUUCUUGAUUGUUUUUUUGUUUUAAUUUCUGAUCACAGCAGUUCGAAAUCUAUGUGAAAGUCUCAUAGCUGUAAAGAAUCCCUUCGAAUAAAUUCUGACUUCACUACGAGACACACGCUGGCGAGUGCCUGGUUUAGAGUCGGUUGCGCGUUUCAUAGGGCCUUAGCAGGCCGACUGAAGCGUUGGUUUAAUUACCCAAGUUUGAGGUAAACAUUAGAUCUGACCCAGAACAUCAUGGUGUCAAGAUAACUUUUGGAACCGCUUCUCUUCGGAGAGGCAAAAAGAACUAUUUAUUGGGAAUGGAAGCUGUGAUUAUGUCAGUUUUGAUAACUUCUUGAAUUUUUUCUAUCUUGAUGGCUUCAAUUCGAAAUUAAUAUGAAAGUCUCAUAGUUCUAAAGAAUCUUUUCGAAUAAAUUCUGACUUCACUACGAGACACACGCUGGCGAGUGCCUGGUUUAGAGUCGGUUGCGCGUUUCAUAGGGCCUUGGCAGGCCGACUGAAGCGUUGGUUUAAUUACCCAAGUUUGAGGUAAACAUUAGAUCUGACCCAGAACAACUUGGUGUCAAGAUAAAUUUUGGAACCGCUUCUCUUCGGAGAGGCAAAAAGAACUAUUCAUUGGAAAUUGAAGCUGUUUUCUUGUCAGUUUCGAUAAUUUCUUGAUUGUUUUUGUUUUAAUUUCUGAUCACAGCAGUUCGAAAUCUAUGUGAAAGUCUCAUAGCUGUAAAGAAUCCCUUCGAAUAAAUUCUGACUUCACUACGAGACACACGCUGGCGAGUGCCCGGUAUAGAGUCGGUUGCGCGUUUCAUAGGGCCUUAGCAGGCCGACUGAAGCGUUGGUUUAAUUACCCAAGUUUGAGGUAAACAUUAGAUCUGACCCAGAACAUCAUGGUGUCAAGAUAAAUUUUGGAACCGCUUCUCUUCGGAGAGGCAAAAAGAACUAUUUAUUGGGAAUUGAAGCUGUUUUCUUGUCAGUUUCGAUAAUUUCUUGAUUGUUUUUGUUUUAAUUUCUGAUCACAGCAGUUCGAAAUCUAUGUGAAAGUCUCAUAGCUGUAAAGAAUCCCUUCGAAUAAAUUCUGACUUCACUACGAGACACACGCUGGCGAGUGCCUGGUUUAGAGUCGGUUGCGCGUUUCAUAGGGCCUUAGCAGGCCGACUGAAGCGUUGGUUUAAUUACCCAAGUUUGAGGUAAACAUUAGAUCUGACCCAGAACAUCAUGGUGUCAAGAUAACUUUUGGAACCGCUUCUCUUCGGAGAGGCAAAAAGAACUAUUUAUUGGGAAUGGAAGCUGUGAUUAUGUCAGUUUUGAUAACUUCUUGAAUUUUUUUUCUAUCUUGAUGGCUUCAAUUCGAAAUUAAUAUGAAAGUCUCAUAGUUCUAAAGAAUCUUUUUCGAAUAAAUUCUGACUUCACUACGAGACACACGCUGGCGAGUGCCUGGUUUAGAGUCGGUUGCGCGUUUCAUAGGGCCUUGGCAGGCCGACUGAAGCGUUGGUUUAAUUACCCAAGUUUGAGGUAAACAUUAGAUCUGACCCAGAACAACUUGGUGUCAAGAUAAAUUUUGGAACCGCUUCUCUUCGGAGAGGCAAAAAGAACUAUUCAUUGGAAAUUGAAGCUGUUUUUCUUGUCAGUUUCGAUAAUUUCUUGAUUGUUUUUUUGUUUUUAAUUUCUGAUCACAGCAGUUCGAAAUCUAUGUGAAAGUCUCAUAGCUGUAAAGAAUCCUUUUCGAAUAAAUUCUGACUUCACUACGAGACACACGCUGGCGAGUGCCUGGUUUAGAGUCGGUUGCGCGUUUCAUAGGGCCUUAGCAGGCCGACUGAAGCGUUGGUUUAAUUACCCAAGUUUGAGGUAAACAUUAGAUCUGACCCAGAACAACUUGGUGUCAAGAUAAAUUUUGGAACCGCUUCUCUUCGGAGAGGCAAAAAAAGAACUAUUCAUUGGAAAUUGAAGCUGUUUUUCUUGUCAGUUUCGAUAAUUUCUUGAUUGUUUUUUUGUUUUAAUUUCUGAUCACAGCAGUUCGAAAUCUAUGUGAAAGUCUCAUAGCUGUAAAGAAUCCCUUCGAAUAAAUUCUGACUUCACUACGAGACACACGCUGGCGAGUGCCUGGUUUAGAGUCGGUUGCGCGUUUCAUAGGGCCUUAGCAGGCCGACUGAAGCGUUGGUUUAAUUACCCAAGUUUGAGGUAAACAUUAGAUCUGACCCAGAACAACUUGGUGUCAAGAUAAAUUUUGGAACCGCUUCUCUUCGGAGAGGCAAAAAGAACUAUUCAUUGGAAAUUGAAGCUGUUUUCUUGUCAGUUUCGAUAAUUUCUUGAUUGUUUUUGUUUUAAUUUCUGAUCACAGCAGUUCGAAAUCUAUGUGAAAGUCUCAUAGCUGUAAAGAAUCCUUUCGAAUAAAUUCUGACUUCACUACGAGACACACGCUGGCGAGUGCCCGGUAUAGAGUCGGUUGCGCGUUUCAUAGGGCCUUAGCAGGCCGACUGAAGCGUUGGUUUAAUUACCCAAGUUUGAGGUAAACAUUAGAUCUGACCCAGAACAACUUGGUGUCAAGAUAAAUUUUGGAACCGCUUCUCUUCGGAGAGGCAAAAAGAACUAUUCAUUGGAAAUUGAAGCUGUUUUUCUUGUCAGUUUCGAUAAUUUCUUGAUUGUUUUUUUGUUUUAAUUUCUGAUCACAGCAGUUCGAAAUCUAUGUGAAAGUCUCAUAGCUGUAAAGAAUCCCUUCGAAUAAAUUCUGACUUCACUACGAGACACACGCUGGCGAGUGCCUGGUUUAGAGUCGGUUGCGCGUUUCAUAGGGCCUUAGCAGGCCGACUGAAGCGUUGGUUUAAUUACCCAAGUUUGAGGUAAACAUUAGAUCUGACCCAGAACAACUUCGUGUCAAGAUAAAUUUUGGAACCGCUUCUCUUCGGAGAGGCAAAAAGAACUAUUCAUUGGAAAUUGAAGCUGUUUUUCUUGUCAGUUUCGAUAAUUUCUUGAUUGUUUUUUUGUUUUAAUUUCUGAUCACAGCAGUUCGAAAUCUAUGUGAAAGUCUCAUAGCUGUAAAGAAUCCCUUCGAAUAAAUUCUGACUUCACUACGAGACACACGCUGGCGAGUGCCUGGUUUAGAGUCGGUUGCGCGUUUCAUAGGGCCUUAGCAGGCCGACUGAAGCGUUGGUUUAAUUACCCAAGUUUGAGGUAAACAUUAGAUCUGACCCAGAACAUCAUGGUGUCAAGAUAAAUUUUGGAACCGCUUCUCUUCGGAGAGGCAAAAAGAACUAUUCAUUGGAAAUUGAAGCUGUUUUCUUGUCAGUUUCGAUAAUUUCUUGAUUGUUUUUGUUUUAAUUUCUGAUCACAGCAGUUCGAAAUCUAUGUGAAAGUCUCAUAGCUGUAAAGAAUCCCUUCGAAUAAAUUCUGACUUCACUACGAGACACACGCUGGCGAGUGCCUGGUUUAGAGUCGGUUGCGCGUUUCAUAGGGCCUUAGCAGGCCGACUGAAGCGUUGGUUUAAUUACCCAAGUUUGAGGUAAACAUUAGAUCUGACCCAGAACAACUUCGUGUCAAGAUAAAUUUUGGAACCGCUUCUCUUCGGAGAGGCAAAAAGAACUAUUCAUUGGAAAUUGAAGCUGUUUUCUUGUCAGUUUCGAUAAUUUCUUGAUUGUUUUUGUUUUAAUUUCUGAUCACAGCAGUUCGAAAUCUAUGUGAAAGUCUCAUAGCUGUAAAGAAUCCCUUCGAAUAAAUUCUGACUUCACUACGAGACACACGCUGGCGAGUGCCCGGUUUAGAGUCGGUUGCGCGUUUCAUAGGGCCUUAGCAGGCCGACUGAAGCGUUGGUUUAAUUACCCAAGUUUGAGGUAAACAUUAGAUCUGACCCAGAACAUCAUGGUGUCAAGAUAAAUUUUUGGAACCGCUUCUCUUCGGAGAGGCAAAAAGAACUAUUCAUUGGAAAUUGAAGCUGUUUUUCUUGUCAGUUUUCGAUAAUUUCUUGAUUGUUUUUUUGUUUUAAUUUCUGAUCACAGCAGUUCGAAAUCUAUGUGAAAGUCUCAUAGCUGUAAAGAAUCCCUUCGAAUAAAUUCUGACUUCACUACGAGACACACGCUGGCGAGUGCCUGGUUUAGAGUCGGUUUCGCGUUUCAUAGGGCCUUAGCAGGCCGACUGAAGCGUUGGUUUAAUUACCCAAGUUUGAGGUAAACAUUAGAUCUGACCCAGAACAUCAUGGUGUCAAGAUAAAUUUUGGAACCGCUUCUCUUCGGAGAGGCAAAAAGAACUAUUCAUUGGAAAUUGAAGCUGUUUUUCUUGUCAGUUUUCGAUAAUUUCUUGAUUGUUUUUUUGUUUUAAUUUCUGAUCACAGCAGUUCGAAAUCUAUGUGAAAGUCUCAUAGCUGUAAAGAAUCCCUUCGAAUAAAUUCUGACUUCACUACGAGACACACGCUGGCGAGUGCCUGGUUUAGAGUCGGUUGCGCGUUUCAUAGGGCCUUAGCAGGCCGACUGAAGCGUUGGUUUAAUUACCCAAGUUUGAGGUAAACAUUAGAUCUGACCCAGAACAACUUCGUGUCAAGAUAAAUUUUGGAACCGCUUCUCUUCGGAGAGGCAAAAAAAGAACUAUUCAUUGGAAAUUGAAGCUGUUUUUCUUGUCAGUUUCGAUAAUUUCUUGAUUGUUUUUUUGUUUUAAUUUCUGAUCACAGCAGUUCGAAAUCUAUGUGAAAGUCUCAUAGCUGUAAAGAAUCCCUUCGAAUAAAUUCUGACUUCACUACGAGACACACGCUGGCGAGUGCCCGGUUUAGAGUCGGUUGCGCGUUUCAUAGGGCCUUAGCAGGCCGACUGAAGCGUUGGUUUAAUUACCCAAGUUUGAGGUAAACAUUAGAUCUGACCCAGAACAUCAUGGUGUCAAGAUAAAUUUUGGAACCGCUUCUCUUCGGAGAGGCAAAAAGAACUAUUCAUUGGAAAUUGAAGCUGUUUUUCUUGUCAGUUUCGAUAAUUUCUUGAUUGUUUUUUUGUUUUAAUUUCUGAUCACAGCAGUUCGAAAUCUAUGUGAAAGUCUCAUAGCUGUAAAGAAUCCCUUCGAAUAAAUUCUGACUUCACUACGAGACACACGCUGGCGAGUGCCUGGUUUAGAGUCGGUUUCGCGUUUCAUAGGGCCUUAGCAGGCCGACUGAAGCGUUGGUUUAAUUACCCAAGUUUGAGGUAAACAUUAGAUCUGACCCAGAACAUCAUGGUGUCAAGAUAAAUUUUUGGAACCGCUUCUCUUCGGAGAGGCAAAAAGAACUAUUCAUUGGAAAUUGAAGCUGUUUUUCUUGUCAGUUUCGAUAAUUUCUUGAUUGUUUUUUUGUUUUAAUUUCUGAUCACAGCAGUUCGAAAUCUAUGUGAAAGUCUCAUAGCUGUAAAGAAUCCCUUCGAAUAAAUUCUGACUUCACUACGAGACACACGCUGGCGAGUGCCUGGUUUAGAGUCGGUUGCGCGUUUCAUAGGGCCUUAGCAGGCCGACUGAAGCGUUGGUUUAAUUACCCAAGUUUGAGGUAAACAUUAGAUCUGACCCAGAACAACUUGGUGUCAAGAUAAAUUUUGGAACCGCUUCUCUUCGGAGAGGCAAAAAAAGAACUAUUCAUUGGAAAUUGAAGCUGUUUUCUUGUCAGUUUCGAUAAUUUCUUGAUUGUUUUUUUGUUUUAAUUUCUGAUCACAGCAGUUCGAAAUCUAUGUGAAAGUCUCAUAGCUGUAAAGAAUCCUUUUCGAAUAAAUUCUGACUUCACUACGAGACACACGCUGGCGAGUGCCCGGUAUAGAGUCGGUUGCGCGUUUCAUAGGGCCUUAGCAGGCCGACUGAAGCGUUGGUUUAAUUACCCAAGUUUGAGGUAAACAUUAGAUCUGACCCAGAACAACUUGGUGUCAAGAUAAAUUUUGGAACCGCUUCUCUUCGGAGAGGCAAAAAGAACUAUUCAUUGGAAAUUGAAGCUGUUUUCUUGUCAGUUUCGAUAAUUUCUUGAUUGUUUUUGUUUUAAUUUCUGAUCACAGCAGUUCGAAAUCUAUGUGAAAGUCUCAUAGCUGUAAAGAAUCCCUUCGAAUAAAUUCUGACUUCACUACGAGACACACGCUGGCGAGUGCCCGGUUUAGAGUCGGUUGCGCGUUUCAUAGGGCCUUAGCAGGCCGACUGAAGCGUUGGUUUAAUUACCCAAGUUUGAGGUAAACAUUAGAUCUGACCCAGAACAUCAUGGUGUCAAGAUAAAUUUUGGAACCGCUUCUCUUCGGAGAGGCAAAAAGAACUAUUCAUUGGAAAUUGAAGCUGUUUUUCUUGUCAGUUUCGAUAAUUUCUUGAUUGUUUUUUUGUUUUAAUUUCUGAUCACAGCAGUUCGAAAUCUAUGUGAAAGUCUCAUAGCUGUAAAGAAUCCCUUCGAAUAAAUUCUGACUUCACUACGAGACACACGCUGGCGAGUGCCUGGUUUAGAGUCGGUUGCGCGUUUCAUAGGGCCUUGGCAGGCCGACUGAAGCGUUGGUUUAAUUACCCAAGUUUGAGGUAAACAUUAGAUCUGACCCAGAACAUCAUGGUGUCAAGAUAAAUUUUGGAACCGCUUCUCUUCGGAGAGGCAAAAAGAACUAUUCAUUGGAAAUUGAGGCUGUUUUUCUUGUCAGUUUCGAUAAUUUCUUGAUUGUUUUUUUGUUUUAAUUUCUGAUCACAGCAGUUCGAAAUCUAUGUGAAAGUCUCAUAGCUGUAAAGAAUCCCUUCGAAUAAAUUCUGACUUCACUACGAGACACACGCUGGCGAGUGCCUGGUUUAGAGUCGGUUGCGCGUUUCAUAGGGCCUUGGCAGGCCGACUGAAGCGUUGGUUUAAUUACCCAAGUUUGAGGUAAACAUUAGAUCUGACCCAGAACAACUUGGUGUCAAGAUAAAUUUUGGAACCGCUUCUCUUCGGAGAGGCAAAAAGAACUAUUCAUUGGAAAUUGAAGCUGUUUUUCUUGUCAGUUUCGAUAAUUUCUUGAUUGUUUUUUUGUUUUAAUUUCUGAUCACAGCAGUUCGAAAUCUAUGUGAAAGUCUCAUAGCUGUAAAGAAUCCCUUCGAAUAAAUUCUGACUUCACUACGAGACACACGCUGGCGAGUGCCCGGUUUAGAGUCGGUUGCGCGUUUCAUAGGGCCUUAGCAGGCCGACUGAAGCGUUGGUUUAAUUACCCAAGUUUGAGGUAAACAUUAGAUCUGACCCAGAACAUCAUGGUGUCAAGAUAAAUUUUUGGAACCGCUUCUCUUCGGAGAGGCAAAAAGAACUAUUCAUUGGAAAUUGAAGCUGUUUUUCUUGUCAGUUUCGAUAAUUUCUUGAUUGUUUUUUUGUUUUAAUUUCUGAUCACAGCAGUUCGAAAUCUAUGUGAAAGUCUCAUAGCUGUAAAGAAUCCCUUCGAAUAAAUUCUGACUUCACUACGAGACACACGCUGGCGAGUGCCUGGUUUAGAGUCGGUUGCGCGUUUCAUAGGGCCUUGGCAGGCCGACUGAAGCGUUGGUUUAAUUACCCAAGUUUGAGGUAAACAUUAGAUCUGACCCAGAACAUCAUGGUGUCAAGAUAAAUUUUGGAACCGCUUCUCUUCGGAGAGGCAAAAAGAACUAUUCAUUGGAAAUUGAGGCUGUUUUCUUGUCAGUUUCGAUAAUUUCUUGAUUGUUUUUGUUUUAAUUUCUGAUCACAGCAGUUCGAAAUCUAUGUGAAAGUCUCAUAGCUGUAAAGAAUCCCUUCGAAUAAAUUCUGACUUCACUACGAGACACACGCUGGCGAGUGCCUGGUUUAGAGUCGGUUGCGCGUUUCAUAGGGCCUUGGCAGGCCGACUGAAGCGUUGGUUUAAUUACCCAAGUUUGAGGUAAACAUUAGAUCUGACCCAGAACAUCAUGGUGUCAAGAUAAAUUUUGGAACCGCUUCUCUUCGGAGAGGCAAAAAGAACUAUUUAUUGGAAAUUGAAGCUGUGACCAUGUCAGUUUUGAUUCUGCCAGAAGUUUUUUCUAUACUGAUGGCCUUGAUUUGAAAUCAAUAUGAAAGUCUCAUAGUUCUGUAGAAUCUUCGAAUAAAUCCUGACUUGACAACGAGACACAUGCUGGCGAGUGCCUGGUUUAGAGUCGGUUGCGCGUUUCAUAGGGCCUCGGCAGCGCGACUGAAGCGUUGGUUUAAUUACCCAAGUUUGAGGUAAACAUUAGAUCUGACCCAGAACAUCAUGGUGUCAAGAUAAAUUUUGGAACCGCUUCUCUUCGGAGAGGCAAAAAGAACUAUUUAUUGGAAAUUGAAGCUGUGACCAUGUCAGUUUUGAUAACUUCUUGAAUUUUUUUUUCUAUCUUGAUGGCUUCAAUUCGAAAUCAAUAUGAAAGUCUCAUAGUUCUAUAGAAUCUUCGAAUAAAUUCUGACUUCACUACGAGACACACGCUGGCGAGUGCCUGGUUUAGAGUCGGUUGCGCGUUUCAUAGGGCCUUGGCAGGCCGACUGAAGCGUUGGUUUAAUUACCCAAGUUUGAGGUAAACAUUAGAUCUGACCCAGAACAUCAUGGUGUCAAGAUAAAUUUUGGAACCGCUUCUCUUCGGAGAGGCAAAAAGAACUAUUCAUUGGAAAUUGAAGUUGUGAUAACGUCAGUUUUGAUGAUGCUAGAAGUUUUUCCAAUUUUGAUGGCUUCAAUUCGAAAUCAAUAUGAAAGUCGUCAUUUCUUCGUUUCCAGGGGAAGAAUAGUACAUCGGUUCCGAAGGAUCUCAUGUAAAGUUCCAAUAGUUGGGAAUAGUUUCUAUGUUUAUUCUUUUCUGACUGGCAUCUCUUGUAAAUUUUACAAGAUUUUUGUGGUUUAUUUUUUUUUAGCCAAAUGUGCCAAAAGGCUUUCGGGCCUGAGAAUAAGGAAAAUCUAUUGAUUUCUUCUUAAAUCGAAAUAUUUGCAGCUCUAUCUCUUUCAAACGGCGACGCAUCCCUGCCACGACUGGUACACGCAAUGUGUUUCAAAAAAUUUCAUCGGAAAACUAUCCAAUGAGGUUCUUUCUCAUUACUUGUUCAAUGGGAACAUCGAUUUCAGGUCGUUUUUUAUUUCUCUAUCCUCAACAUCGCACAAGUUUAUUUUGUUCCAUUAAUCGUUACGGUUAUCUGCUAUUCGCUAAUUUUAUUGAAAAUAUCGAGGAAAACUAAACCAUCUAUCGAGAAAGAGGGUAAGGAAACUGAAGAUGAUUAGGAAUUUUCGUAAUUUGCAGACAAAUCUUCGGAUAUGCUGUUGAGGAGGAACGGGCAGAACAACUUGGAGAAAGCGAAAAGUCGGACUUUGAAGUGGGCUCGAUUUUGUUUCUUCUUUUCUUUAAAAUCCAGGAGGCUUUUUCUUGUUUCAAAGAAAAGUUCUGAUUUGGCAGGGGAAAGUAAUUUAUAUCACACUGUAUAGUUUCAUUGAAACAUGGCCAGAAUAAUGCCGGAUGUGUUGUAUCCUGGAAGAUUAAAACUUAAAUAAGGAUCAAUUUUCGAAAAAAGGACAUUUUGAAUUCUAAAAAAGAUCGUCAGAAAUCGUGAAAGUGAAACAGGAAAAGCACUUGCAGAAUGACGUUUGUCAUCGUGUUGGCCUUCAUUUUCUGCUGGACACCAUAUUCCGUACUCAUGUUUCUUCAUUUUCUGACGAGGACUGACUGGUUUGUGGAAAUUUUUCUUCAUUUGGCAGUGUUCAACUCAGGUUUGCCAGAGGGGUCACUAUAGGGACAACCUCCGGGAAACUUGAAGGGGGUCUAUUAUUAUCCAAUGUACAACCCCAAUAAACUAAAGACUAACUUUCCAGGAUCCCGAAAGACGUCAGAAAGUUUAUUUACGCGUUUGCCGUCCUCAACUCGGCCCUUUCGCCUUAUCUUUACGGAUAUUUCUCGUUUGAUAUCAAGAGCGAAUUGAAGCUUCUGAUGGCCUGUUCGAAAGCUUCCGCCUCGGAUCGUCAUUUAUCCUGUUCUGCCAACGUCACGAGGUUUUUCGGCGGAAAAUGAACGGAAAAUUGAAAGAAAAUAACGGAAGGAAAGAAGAAAUAAAAGAAUUUAGAAGGAGUCUUCGAAAGUAGAAGAAUUUGAAAGGUAAGGAUAACAAAAGGAGAAAUAAAAAACGAUGGUCGAUUUAUUUUAAUAUAAGGAAUUCUUUAUUUUCAAAUAGGAUUAUUCCAUUUCCACUUUUUUUUUCCAAUCAACUCUUUUUCUAGCUUUCCGUUUAUGUUGACAAAAAAAUCAAACCUAUUUUCGUUUUGCGAAUGUUUCAAGUACAAGAGAAAGAUCUCAAGAACCUCAAGUUGAAUAUAUUUUUUGUCACGAAGCUCACAAUUCGAUCAGUAUCAUUUUCAUACUUCACUUCGGCUCUCAUCAACCAAUUACCAAUGUUUAGAAGCCAACAAAGCGAAAGAAUGCGGAAAAGAAGCGCCAGCGCUUGUGAUUUGGACAAAACCCAAGAAUCGCCGACGGCCGGAAUGGCGUUGUCCACACGAGGACAGUCGCUACGGCACAAAGUUCUGCCAGAUCGGAGAAGUCGUAGAAGACAGGAACCUAUGUGA